AUGCUGGAAUAUAGCAGCCAACAGCAGGAUCGAGAAGGACACUUCUGGAAGCAGCCACUUGGCGCUUGGAUCAAGGACUGCAUAUAUGGAACGGACGCGUUGCUUCCGGAAGCGGCAUGGCGUGCAGAAUCCUACCGAGGGCGGAUUCUUCGAUUUUCGGAACUAUGUGAUGGUUUCGUCUUCAGCCUUCUCUUUGUUUUCGUGGAACCAGCCAGCCUGAACUUAAUAAUAAUGCGGAACAAGGAUAUUUCGCAUUCGGAUACAGCAACCAGCUUAAAGAGGUUUUCGGUAUUGCUCCAGAAUAUAUACAACUUCUAUCAUGUUUGUUUUCUUCCUCUACAAAAUUUAUUAUUUUCGGGUUUAAUUCACUGA